CACGACUCGCUUACUCGGCCCACUUGAUGAAAAUUGUAGGAAAUGUGAACUUAGGCCAAUAACUACUAAGGGGACUGUAACAAGUAUGGUUUAUCAUCUACUAAGGGGACUGUAACAAGUAUGGUUUAUCAUAUGUUUAUUCUCGCAAAGAAAAGCUCAUUUUCGCGGGAAUAAGUACAAAAAUAUGUAAGAUUUUAUGGGAUCGAUAAUGGAAAGAUUUUUAUAUCUCUCCACAAAAAAUAUGUACUCGACACACCAAAUGAAUCUAGAGUUGCUUGAAUGAUAUUAAGGAUAUAUUUGUUGAGAACAUUUUAAGACGGAUUUGGAUGCUACGUGCAAAACGGGGGAUUUGUUAUUUAUUUCUGUUAAUGGUACGUGUAUGCCCCAUCCUCAUUUCACGUUGGGAAUAUGGGAUGCAGUUUAAACAUGUCACACAACAUGUUCCCCAGAACGUGUUGCGUGACGAGCCCUAUCGACAUCCGCUGGACGGGGACUCCGAUGUAAGGAAUAAAGAAUAAUUAUGGCUGAAGGAACUUUCGCAGAAGAGAAACUUGUUUCAUCCAUGUUCUCAGGAAUAUGGAAAAGCCGCUGCUUAAGUGUUGUGGUGUCAUUAGGUGUUCCAGAAUUGUUGUGUAACUCAAUCACUCCUGUUAACGUUCAAGAGAUCGCAGAGCGAACCGGUUGCCACACAGACGAGAAGAUCUACAAGGUUUUGAGAACCAUGGCUCAGUGGGGAAUAGGAGAGGAACUAAGCGAGAAACACUUUAAGGCCAAUCGAGCCAUGGAGUUGCUGAGAAGAGACAAAGGACCAAGUCUUGGCCAUAUAGUUGAAUACUAUGGAAGCGAUGAAGUUUGGGCCGCCAUGUUGGCCUUUCCAGAGGCAGUCAAGUAUGGCGAUACAGCGUUUGAACGUGCUCAUGGAAUGAAUCUGUACGACUACAUUCACACAGCUGGGAAACUGGAGUAUUCUGUUCCCACAAAGUCAGAAAACAUGGCUUCUGACAUGGGUACGAACCAGAGGAGGUUAGAGUUCGCACAAAAUUACGAUUGCGCAAUGAGCAUGUUGUCCCAGAUGGACUUAGACAGUACGCAGCCAAGCUUAGCUACUGUGUACCCCUGGGUUAAGUGCAAACGAAUCAUGGACAUCGGGGGAGGAGAGGGUCAAUUAUUGUCUCAAAUUCUCAAAGUUUCAGGCUGUGAGCAUAUUAAAGGAGUAUUACUUGACUUUCCCGAUGUAGUCGAGCGAGCCAAAUUGUUCCUAACCAGAGAAAAUAUAGCAGACAACAGAGUGACUUUACUCAAAGGAGACAUCUUGGAUGGCAUUCCGAACUGCAAAGAGGUAGAUACAAUCAUUGUCAAAAAUUUUCUUGUAAUUUUUACAGAAGACGGGAUGGUGAAAGUUAUGGAAAACUGUCGUCAAGUUCUUGCUAGACGUGGCAGAUUUAUUAUCGUUAACAGUUGCAACCCUGAAGCCAGAGAUACGGAGCAUAAUGUUACCAAAACUGGUUUACAGCAGGGCUUUCGUGGCAUACACGUCAUGACGAUGAGUAAGAUGGGACAUUUUAGAACGAAGAGUGAGUGGCUGAACUUGAUUGACAGGUUGUGCAGUAGAGUGGCUUUUCAACUGAACGCAGUCUAUGAGACCGGAGAUGGUCCUACAUUGUUUGAACUGUUAAAAUGCGAAUAGAUGAUCGUUUUUGUUUUUGGCAACACAAGAGUUAAUGCUUUAAGGUUUGUCGUUUAAUUUGCAGUUCUGUUUUUUAUUUUUCGAUGAAAAAAAAAUUAACAUACAUUUCUUUUUCAUGUGUUUUCACUUAAACCAAAACAAUGAUGUGAUAUUUUUACUCAGGGAACACUGAAGCAGUCAUAAAUUAGAGGAGGGUGAAAAUGCAACUUAACGAUGGCGGAUGAUGUGAAAGCGCUUUGAAAAGUAGAAAGUUGAUUUUUACAAGAUUUCUCUGAAUACUAAUGGUUGAUAAGAAAUCUGCUUUCUUUCUGGAGGACACCGUGUGAGACGAAGGACAUUCUUCCAUUCCAGGAAGAGUUACAGUCCUGCAAUAAUUUUCCAUAACAUGUUUAUUUACCAAGUACUUUCUACCCCUAUACCGUAAAAAGAAUUCAUAUUAGAAAUUGAUGUAAAUUAUCACCAAGUAUUUUUUUACUAUUUGCAGCUAAAUUUUAUACCAUGAUAUGGCUUUGGUCGGUUUGUAGGAGUAAAACAAAAUGCUGGUUUGUGACGGUUUUUUUUUUUAACCAGACCAUAGGACUUACUGCGAAUGUUUUAUUUUCGGAUGAUUUUGUACCAUUAACACGUGCAUGUACGAGUAAGAAAAUUGCUUGGUCUAAGUAUUAUCAGUUUUUAUUAGUUCGUAGGAGUUUUAAAAUUAAAAGAUAGGUAUUGAUGUCAUAUUUGUCUCCAAGAAAAAAAAAAACAAACAAACAAACGGGUUGGUGUUGGUAAUCGUCCCGGUUUGCAGUAUUCUCUACCGGUUUCUCCAGUCAGUUCUGCUACGACCUUUGA